GCCACCACCACUCGCUCUCCCAGUGCCGCAGACCAGAGUCUCUCCCAGAGUGUGGCAAAACCAAGGCGUUCAUCUUCAUCUGGGCUGUCAAGUGAGCGCUCUAUUUCCAAGUACCUGACACUUCCCCCUAAGCCUACACAUCCAAAGAGGCUAGCACUUGAGGAAAAGGAAAGGAAGAAAACCGAAAGGGAAGAGAAAAAGCGGCAAAGGGAGGAGGAACAGAAACGGAAAGCCGAGGAACGACAAAGAAAGGCAGAAACAAAAGCAAACAAAGUGAAGGAGGCAGCAGAAAAGAGGAAAGAGAAAGCGAAAGGAGCAGGGAAGAGAAAGGUUUCGAAUGAAGCCACUGACAUACCUAUGCCUCCAAAGAAAAGAGUGUGUAAGCUCUCCCAAAUGGAAAGUGAUGACCCUGAAAUCAACACUGAUAUGUGCUGUGUUUGUAGCAUUUUAUACUCAGAAGAUCGCACAGGAAAAGAAUGGAUUGAAUGUGCAUGUGGCCGCUGGCUACAUGAAGAGUGUGGCGAAGAUUGUAUUUUAGACUCAAAUGGCAGGGAGAGGUUCUGUCCUAUCUGUUUGUAAUGCCAUGUUUUCCGGUUGAUGCUGUAAUAGUGAUGUUUGUGCACAUUUUUGGUCAUUAAAGGAGAAGAUUUUCCGACUUAAAAACAUACCGUUGUGUAGAAUUGGACGUGUAGUAUGUCAUGACGGGCGUGAAAUAGAAACCAUUAGCUCACGGGAACCGGGAGAGGGCAAAGUUCGGAGACGGGCGAUAAUUGAAUGCGCAAUAUUGUAUGCGAAGCGAUAAUUGGUGCCGGUAGCGAUAACUGGUUUUUUACCUUGCGCGCUGGACGCACUACCGCUACAGUUACGUACGGAGUUUCCACUCGGAAACUGGAUA